CGGAGCCCCACAGACUCACCAUCCACUCACUGAACCACUGGGAGCGAUGCUGUUGGCUUGGCUCUGAGGACAACGCGUUUACUUUUAUUCCUUUUUACUUUUGCAUGGAGUAAUUGCAUCGCCGCCCACAGGGAAAGGGGGGGCUUAUCUGGGACUGUGAGUGUUCAGUGGUGUGGUGUGGAGACCUCAGGAUCGAUCGGAGACGGUAUUGUGUGCAUCAUGUUUGAAUGCACAUAAUCAAUUGGGACAUAUACAUGACUGUGCAGCCGCACUUCCAACGCCAACCCAGGCUGUGGCUGAUAUUUGAAUACAGAAGCCACCCCAAAGCGUCUGGCUGUGCAGGACUGUUGGUGCGCUUCAAUAGGCAAUCGCAGCAGACCGAUAUAAAGGGGGCUCGGAUGAUUUGCUCGCUCAGAUUGCUCGGUUUUAGAAUCGUAUCCAACUUUUCAUUUAUUCCUUCAUAACAGCAGUGCCGUCGGGCAUUGCUCGGGAGAUGGCCAUGAGAUUGCUCUUCGUGGGACUUGUUUUCUCCGUGGAGAUCCUAUCUCCUGUUGGAGCAGUCGAAGCUCCCAAGACCUGCAGCCCUAAACAGUUUGUCUGCAAGGACCAGGUCACCUGCAUCUCCAAGGGCUGGCGCUGUGAUGGGGAGAAGGACUGUCCAGAUGGAUCGGAUGAAUCCCCAGACAUCUGUACGCACCACAGGAUGAACCAGUGUCCUGUGAACGAGCAUGGCUGCCUGGACCCAGACGUGUGCAUCCAUCUGAGCAAAAUGUGUGAUGGGGUCCCUGACUGUUCCGAAGGCUGGGACGAAGGGCCUCACUGCAGAGAAAAAGCACCGGGAUGCCACUUUGAAGGGUGCCAGUUCAACUGCUCGGUGACACAUGAGGGCCCCAAGUGCUACUGUAACCCCGGCUACGAGGUUGGCCCCGACGGAAAGAUCUGUAAAGACUUCAACGAGUGCAUGGUGUACGGAGCCUGCAGCCAGACAUGCACCAACACCGAGGGCUCCUACCUCUGCAGCUGUGUGGAGGGCUACCUGCUGCAGCCCGACAACCGGUCCUGCAAGGCCAAGAACGUACCGGUGGAUCGAUUGCCGAUGCUGCUAAUCGCCAACCUCCAUGACAUCCGCUGCACCUCGCUGAGCGGCUCCACCUCGCGCCUGCCCUCCAUCACCACCAAGCAGACCAUGGCCAUGGACUUUGUGUACGCCCUGGAGAUGGUCUGCUGGAUCGACGUGGGCGACACGGCCGCCACCACGCAGCUCAAGUGUGCCAACAUCCCCGACCUCAAGGUCCUGGGCGACGUCCGCACCAUCAACAUCUCCCUGAGCCUGCACCAUGUGGAGCAGAUGGCCAUCGACUGGCUGACCGGAAACUUCUACUUCGUCGACGACGUGGACGACCGGGUGUUUGUCUGCAACAAGGACGGCGGGACGUGCGUGACCCUGCUGGACCAGGAGCUGUACAACCCCAAGGGAAUCGCCCUGGACCCCGCCAUGGGGAAAGUCUUCUUCACCGACUAUGGCUCCACGCCCCGGGUGGAGCGCUGCGACAUGGACGGGCAGAACCGCACCAAGCUGGUGGACAGCAAGAUCGUGUUCCCCCACGGCAUCACGCUGGACCUGGUCAACCGGCUGGUGUACUGGGCCGACGCCUACCUGGACUACAUCGAGGUGGUGGACUACGAGGGCAAGAACCGCCACACCAUCAUCCAAGGCCUGCUGAUCGAGCACCUGUACGGGCUGACGGUGUUUGAGAACUACCUGUACGCCACCAACUCGGACGAGGGCAACCUCAACCCCAAGACCAGCGUGAUCCGCGUCAACCGCUUCAACAGCUCCGACUUCCAGGUGGUGACGCGCGUGGACCGGGGCGCGGCGCUGCACGUCUACCACCAGAGGCGCCAGCCCCAAGUGCGCAGCCAUGCCUGUGCCUUGGACCAGUUUAGGAAGGCAGGCGGCUGCUCGGACAUCUGCCUGCUGGGGAACAGCCACAAGACCCGGACCUGCCGCUGUCGCUCGGGCUUCAGCCUGGGCAGCGACGGCAAGUCCUGCAAGAGGCCCGACCACGAGCUGUUCCUGGUGUACGGUAAGGGCAGGCCGGGCAUCAUCCGGGGCAUGGACAUGAACGCCAAGGUGCCCGACGAGUACAUGAUCCCCAUCGAGAACCUGAUGAACCCCCGCGCCCUGGACUACCACGCCGCCAGCGAGUUCAUCUACUUCGCCGACGCCACCAGCUACAUCAUCGGGCGGCAGAAGAUAGACGGCACGGAGAGGGACACCAUCCUGAAGGAAGGCAUUCACACGGUGGAGGGCAUCGCGGUGGACUGGAUCGGAGGUAACCUCUACUGGACCGACGACGGGCCCAAGAAGACCAUCAGUGUGGCCAGGCUGGAGAAGGCUUCCCAGACCCGCAAGACCCUCAUCGAGGGCAAGAUGACCCACCCUCGAGCCAUCGUGGUGGAUCCCCAGCAUGGGUGGAUGUACUGGACGGACUGGGAGGAGGACCCCACGGUGAGCAACCGGGGCAAGAUCAAGAAGGCCUGGAUGGACGGCUCCAACCACCAGGUGUUCCUUACCAGCAAGACGGUGCUCUGGCCCAACGGCCUGAGCCUGGACAUCCCCCAGGGCAUCCUGUACUGGGUGGACGCCUACUACGACCGCAUCGAGAUGGUGUACCUCAACAGCAGCGCGCGUAAGGUGGUGUACGAGGGCCAGGAGCUGAACCACGCCUUUGGACUCUGUCACUACAAACAAUUCCUGUUCUGGAACGAGUACCGCGGGGGCAGCAUCUACAAGCUGGACCAGGACUCCAAGACGGUCACCCUGCUCCGCAACGAGAGGCCCCCCAUCUUCGAGAUCAGAGUGUACGACGCCAACCAGCAGCAAGGUACCAACGCCUGUAGGCCCAAUAACGGCGGCUGCAGCAGCCUCUGCCUGGUGAUUCCUGACGGGCGGUCGUGCGGUUGUGCCGAUGACCAAAUCCUGGACGAGGACAACAUCACCUGCAAAGCCAACCCGUCCUACGUGCCUCCGCCCCAGUGCCAGCCGGGGGAGUUCGCCUGCAAGAACAACCGCUGCAUCCAGGAGCGCUGGAAGUGUGACGGGGACAACGACUGUCUGGACAACAGCGAUGAGCUCCCAGAGCUUUGCCACCAGCAUACUUGCCCCAGUGACCGCUUCAAAUGCCAGAACAACCGCUGUAUACCUGUACGCUGGCUCUGUGAUGGAGACAACGACUGUGGAAAUGAUGAAGAUGAGUCCAAUACCACCUGCUCAGCUCGCACGUGCCCCCCCAACCAGUACCCCUGCACCAGCGGCCGCUGCAUCCCCAUCUCCUGGACCUGCGACCUAGACGACGACUGUGGAGACCGCUCCGACGAGCCUGACUCCUGUGCCUACCCCACCUGCUUCCCCCUGACCCAGUUCACCUGCGCCAACGGUCGCUGCAUCAACGUCAACUGGCGCUGUGACAACGACAACGACUGCGGGGACAACAGUGACGAGGCGGGCUGCAGCCACUCCUGCUCCAGCGUUCAGUUCAAGUGCAACAGCGGCCGCUGCAUCCCCGAGUACUGGACCUGCGACGGGGACAACGACUGCGGAGACUACAGCGACGAGACGCACGCCAACUGCACCAACCAAGCCACUCGGCCGCCCGGCGGCUGUCACGUGGAUGAGUUCCAGUGCAAGAUGGACGGCCUUUGCAUCCCCAUGCGGUGGCGCUGCGACGGGGACAACGACUGCAUGGACCUGAGUGACGAGAACUGCAAGGGGGUCACCCACAUGUGUGACCCCGCUGUGAAGUUCCUCUGCAAGGACUCUGCGCGCUGCAUCAUCAAGGCCUGGGUGUGCGACGGCGACCACGACUGCGAGGACAACUCCGACGAGGAGAACUGCGAGGCCACGGUGUGCAAGCUGUCUCACCACGUGUGCGCCACCAACGACUCCAUCUGCCUGCCGGGCGAGAAGCUCUGUGACGGGACGGACGACUGUCCCGACGGCUCGGACGAGAAGCUCUGUGACCUCUGCUCCGUGGACAACGGCGGCUGUAGCCACAACUGCAGCAUCAUCCCCGGAGAAGGCUUCAUGUGCUCGUGCCCCCUCGGCAUGGAGCUGGGCGCCGACAACAAGACGUGCCAGAUCCAGAGCUUCUGUGCCAAACACCUCAAGUGUAGCCAGCGCUGCGAGCAGGAGAAGGCCAGCGUCAAGUGCUCCUGCUACGAGGGCUGGGAGCUGGAGGCCGACAUGGAGAGCUGCAAGAGCACGGAUCCCUUCAAGCCCUUCAUCAUCUUCUCCAACCGCCAUGAGAUCCGGAGGAUUGACCUCCACAAGGGGGAGUUCAGUGUGCUGGUCCCCGGGCUGAGGAACACCAUCGCCCUGGACUUCCACCUGAACCAGAGCACCCUUUACUGGACGGACGUGGUGGAGGACAAGAUCUACCGGGGGAAACUGUCUGAGAACGGAGCGCUGACCAGCUUCGAGGUGGUGAUCCAGUACGGGCUGGCCACCCCAGAGGGUCUCGCCGUGGACUGGAUCGCGGGCAACAUCUACUGGGUGGAGAGCAACCUGGAUCAGAUCGAGGUGGCCAAGCUGGACGGGACCAUGAGGACCACCCUGCUGGCCGGGGACGUGGAGCACCCGAGAGCCAUCGCCCUGGACCCACGGGACGGCAUCCUGUUCUGGACGGAUUGGGACGCCAGUCUGCCCCGGAUCGAGGCGGCGUCCAUGAGCGGUGAGGGGAGACGGACCAUCCACCGGGAGACGGGCAGCGGGGGCUGGCCCAACGGGCUCACCGUGGACUACAUGGAGAGACGCAUCGUCUGGAUCGAUGCCAGGUCGGAUGCGAUCUACUCCGCGCUGUAUGACGGCACCGGGCUGAUCGAGGUGCUGCGGGGGCACGAGUUCCUGUCGCACCCCUUCGCCGUCACCAUGUACGGCGGGGAGGUGUACUGGACGGACUGGAGGACCAACACGCUGGCCAAGGCCAACAAGUGGACGGGGGGCAACGUGACGGUGGUGCAGAGGACCAACACCCAGCCCUUUGACCUGCAGGUCUACCACCCCUCCAGACAGCCCCAGGCUCCCAACCCGUGUGCUGCGGUCGAUGGGAAGGAACCCUGCACCCAUCUGUGUCUUAUCAACUUCAACCAGACCUUUUCCUGCGCCUGCCCACACCUCAUGAAGCUGCAGCCCGACAAACGCACCUGUAAAGAGUCCCGCAAGUUCCUGCUGUACGCGCGGCAGAUCGAGAUCCGCGGCGUGGACAUCGACAACCCCUACUACAACUACAUCAUCUCCUUCACGGUGCCCGACAUCGACAACGUGACGGUGGUGGACUACGACGCCGUGGAGCAGCGCAUCUACUGGUCCGACGUCCGCACGCAGACCAUCAAGAGGGCCUUCAUCAACGGCACGGGCGUGGAGACCGUGGUGUCUGCCGACCUCCCCAACGCCCACGGCCUGGCGGUGGACUGGGUCUCCAGGAACCUCUUCUGGACCAGCUACGACGCCAACAAGAAGCAGAUCAACGUGGCGCGGCUGGACGGCUCCUUCAAGAACGCCGUCAUCCAGGGUCUGGACAAGCCCCACUGUCUGGUGCUGCACCCCAUGCUCGGGAAACUGUACUGGACGGAUGGAGACAACAUAAGCAUGGCCAACAUGGACGGCGGCAACCGCACAACGCUCUUCACCAAUCAGAGAGGACCCGUGGGGCUGUCUAUUGACUUUGAAAAGGAGCAGCUGUACUGGAUCAGCUCGGGGAACAGCACAAUCAAUCGCUGUGAGAUGGACGGAUCCCAACUGGAAGUCUUGGACGGCGUUAAGGGCAAACUGUACAAAGCCACCGCACUGGCCAUCAUGGGAGACAAGCUGUGGUGGGCGGACCAGGGCUCGGACCAGAUAGGAACAUGUGACAAGAAGGAUGGGGGCAGCUGGAAAGUGUUGCGCAACAACACAUCCCCCAUGUUCCACAUGAGGAUCUACGACGAAGAGGUGCAGAAAGGAGGGAUCAAUCUGUGCAGUAACAACAAUGGAGACUGCUCCCAGCUGUGCCUUCCCACCUCCCCCACCAGCAGGGCCUGCAUGUGUACCGCCGGAUACAGCCUCAAGACGGAACAGCAGUCCUGUGAAGGCAUGGGUUCAUUCCUGCUCUACUCUGUCCAUGAGGGGAUCAGAGGGAUUCCCCUGGACCCAGGGGACAAGUCUGACGCCCUGGUGCCCGUGUCCGGUACCUCCCUGGCCGUCGGCAUUGACUUCCACGCUGAGAACGACACCAUCUACUGGGUGGACAUGGGUCUGAGCACCAUCAGCAGGGCGAAGCGAGACCAGACGUGGAGGGAAGAUGUGAUCACCAACGGCAUCGGUCGCGUGGAGGGCAUCACCGUGGACUGGAUCGCAGGGAAUAUCUACUGGACCGACCAGGGCUUCGACGUGAUCGAGGUGGCCAGGCUCAACGGGUCCUUCCGCUACGUGGUCAUCUCCGCCGGUCUGGACAAACCCCGGGCCAUCACCGUCCACCCGGUCAAAGGGUAUCUGUUCUGGACCGAGUGGGGUCAGUACCCCCGCAUCGAGCGCUCUCGCCUGGACGGCUCCCAAAGGUUGGUCAUGGUGAACGUCAGCAUCAGCUGGCCCAACGGCAUCUCCAUCGACUACCAGGAAGGUCUGCUGUACUGGUGCGACGCCAGGACGGACAAGAUUGAACGCAUCAACCUGGAGACGGGGGAGAACCGGGAGCUGGUGCUGGCCAACAACAACAUGGACAUGUUCGCCGUGUCCGUCUUCGAAGGAUACAUCUACUGGAGCGACAGGACUCAUGCCAACGGCUCCAUUAAGAGAGGCAGCAAGGACAACGCCACCGACUCCGUUCAGCUCAGGACUGGCAUUGGCGUACAGCUCAAGGACAUCAAGGUCUUCAACAGAGCUCGGCAGCAAGGCACCAACGUGUGCAAGGUGGACAACGGCGGCUGUGAGCAGCUGUGUCUGUUCCGCGGCGACGGCCAGCGGACGUGCGCCUGCGCCCACGGCAUGCUGGCCGAGGACAACAGCAGUUGCCGCGACUACGACGGCUACCUGCUGUACUCGGAGCGCACCAUCCUGAAGAGCAUCCACCUGUCGGACGAGACCAACCUCAACGCGCCCAUCAAGCCCUUCGAGGACCCCGAGCACAUGAAGAACGUGAUCGCCCUGAGCUUCGACUACCACGGCGGCGGCGGCAAGGGCGCCAACCGCGUCUUCUUCAGCGACAUCCACUUCGGGAACAUCCAGCAGAUCAACGACGACGGGACCGACCGCAAGAUCGUGGUGGACAACGUGGGGUCGGUGGAGGGCCUGGCGUACCACCGGGGCUGGGACACGCUAUACUGGACCAGCUACACCACCUCCACCAUCAGCCGCCACACCGUGGACCAGAGCCGCUCGGUGGCCUACAACCGCAACACGGUGGUCACCAUGUCCGGGGACGACCACCCCCGCGCCUUCGUGCUGGACGAAUGCCAGGACAUCAUGUUCUGGACCAACUGGAACGAGCAGGCCCCCAGCAUCAUGAGGGCCUCCCUGAACGGGGCCAACGUGCUGGUGAUCAUCGGCAGUGACAUCAAGACCCCCAACGGCCUGGCCGUGGACCACCGCGCCGAGAAGCUCUACUUCUCUGACGCCACGCUGGACAAGAUCGAACGCUGCGAGUACGACGGCAGCAACCGCUACAUGCUGCUGAAGAACGAGCCGGUGCACCCGUUCGGCCUGGCCGUGUACGGAGACUACAUCUUCUGGACGGACUGGGUGAGGCGGGCCGUGCUGCGCGCCGACAAGUACACGGGCGGAGACAUGAAGGUGCUGCGCGCCGACAUCCCCCAGCAGCCCAUGGGCAUCAUCGCCGUGGCCAACGACACCAACAGCUGUGAGUUCUCUCCGUGCCGAACAAACAACGGAGGUUGCCAGGACCUCUGUCUGCCCACUUCAGACGGACGGGUCAACUGCAGCUGCCGUGGAGACCGUCGACUCCUUGAGGACAACAUGUGUUCAGCUCUGAACAUUUCCUGUGGUAGCGUGGAGGACUUUGAGUGUGGCAACGGGGACUGUAUAAACUACAGUCUGACCUGCGACGGCAUGGCCCACUGCAAGGACAAGUCUGACGAGAAGCAGUCCUACUGCGCCAAUCGGCUGUGUAAGAAGGGCUACCGGCGCUGCAUCAACGGCCGCUGCAUCGGCCACCAGUUCUGGUGCGACGGCACCGACGACUGUGGCGACCACUCGGAUGAACUGCCCUGCAACAUGACUCUGUGCAAGCUGGGCGAGUUCCAGUGUAAGGACGGAAGCUGCAUCUCUAACUACAGCCGCUGCGACCAAGUGGUCAACUGUGAGGACGCCAGCGACGAGAUGAACUGCCAAGCCACCGACUGCGCCCGCUUCUUCCGUCUGGGGGUGAAGGGCGCGUCGUUCCAGAGCUGUGAGAGGACCACGCUGUGCUACCUGCCCUCCUGGGUGUGUGACGGCAUCAACGACUGUGGAGACUACUCAGACGAAAGGAACUGCCCAGACAAGAGGAAGCUGAAGUGUCCGGUGAACUUCUUUGCCUGCCCCAGCGGUCGCUGCAUCCCCAUGAGCUGGACGUGUGACAAAGAGAACGACUGUGAGAACGGGGCCGACGAGACGCACUGUGACAAGUUCUGCACGUUCAGCCAGUUUGAGUGCUCCAACCACCGCUGCAUCUCCAGCCGGUGGGUGUGCGACGGGGCGGACGACUGCGGUGACGGCUCCGAUGAGGACCUCAAGUGCAAAUCCAAGACCUGCAGCCCUGAGGCCUUCCAGUGCCCGGGCUCCCACAUGUGUGUCCCCCAGCGCUGGAAGUGCGACGGAGACAAGGACUGUCCUGAUGGGGCCGACGAGAGCGUCAAGGCUGGAUGCCUGUACACAAGCAACAACACGUGUGACGAGAACGAGUUCAUGUGCCAGAACCGGCAGUGCAUCCCCAAGCACUUUGUGUGCGAUCACGACAUAGACUGCUCCGAUGGCUCCGAUGAAUCACCAGAGUGUGACUACCCCACCUGUGGCCCGGAGGAGUUCCGCUGUGCCAACGGCCGCUGUCUGAACCAGAAGAGCUGGGAGUGUGACGGGGAGUUUGACUGUCAGGACCGCUCGGAUGAGGCCCCCAAGAACUCCCACUGCACAGACUCAGAGAGGAAGUGCAACGAGUCCGCGUUCAUGUGCCGCAACGGCAAGUGCCUGAACGAGACCCUGCUGUGCGACCGCGACGACGACUGCGGCGACGGCUCCGACGAGCUCAACUGCUUCAUCAACGAGUGCCUGAACGGCAAGCUGAGCGGCUGCACCCAGCUCUGCGACGACCUCAAGAUCGGCUUCAAGUGCCGGUGUGAGGCGGGCUUCCAGCUGAAGCGCGACGGCAAGACGUGCGUGGACGUGGACGAGUGCACCACCAGCUACCCGUGCACGCAGCGCUGCAUCAACACGCACGGCAGCUUCCACUGCCUCUGCGUGGAUGGCUUCGAGCUCAGCCCCAUCGACCCCACCAUCUGCAAGUCCACCUCCGAGAAGGAGCCCUACCUCAUCUUCGCCAACCGGUAUUACUUACGAAAAUUGAAUCUGGACGGCUCCAAUUACACCCUCAUCAAACAGGGCCUGAACAACGCGGUGGCGCUGGACUUCCACUACGCCGAGCAGAUGAUCUACUGGACCGACGUCACCACGCAGGGCAGCAUGAUCCGCCGCAUGCGCAUGAACGGCAGCAACGUGGAGGUUCUGCACCGGACGUCCCUCAGCAACCCGGACGGCCUGGCGGUGGACUGGGUGGGCGGGAACCUGUACUGGUGCGACAAGGGGCGCGACACCAUCGAGGUGUCCAAGCUGAACGGGGCGUACCGCACGGUGCUGGUGAACAGCGGGCUGCGGGAGCCGCGCGCCGUGGCCGUGGACGUGCGCUACGGCUACCUGUACUGGUCCGACUGGGGGGACAUCCCUCACAUCGGGCGGAUCGGGAUGGACGGGAGCAACCGGAGCGUGAUCGUGGACGACAAGAUCACCUGGCCCAACGGCCUCACGCUGGACUUCGUCAACGACCGUAUCUACUGGGCCGACGCCCGCGAGGACUACAUCGAGUUCGCCAGUCUGGAUGGAACCAACAGACACACGGUUCUGACCCAGGACAUCCCGCACAUUUUCGCCAUGACUCUGUUUGAGGAGUACAUCUACUGGACCGACUGGGAGACCAAGUCCAUCAACAGAGCCCACAAGACGCUGGGCACCAACAAGACCACCCUGAUCAGCAUCCUGCAUCGGCCCAUGGACGUGCACAUCUACCACCCCUACCGCCAGCCAGAAGUUCUCGAUCACCCUUGCCAGACAGACAACGGGGGCUGCAGCAACCUCUGCUUGCUCUCCCCUGGAGAAGGAUACAAGUGUGCCUGCCCCACCAACUUCUACCUGGCCAAGGACCGGCACACCUGCAUGUCCAACUGUACGGCAAGCCAGUUUGUCUGCAAGAAUGACAAGUGCAUCCCCUUCUGGUGGAAAUGUGACACGGAGGACGACUGUGGAGACCGCUCAGACGAACCUUCAGACUGCUCUGAGUUUAAGUGCAGGCCGGGUCAGUUCCAGUGCGGGACGAGCAUCUGCACCAACCCUGCCUACAUCUGUGACGGAGACAACGACUGCCAGGACAACUCUGACGAAGCUAACUGCGACAUCCAUGUGUGUCUGCCCAGUCAGUUCAAGUGUUCCCACCCCAGCCGCUGCAUCCCGGGUAUCUUCCGCUGCAACGGCCAAGACAACUGUGGCGAGGGGGAGGACGAGAAGGACUGUCCCGAGGUGACCUGCGCUCCCGCCCAGUUCCAGUGUGCCAUCACCAAGCGCUGCAUCCCGCGGGUCUGGGUCUGCGACCGCGACAACGACUGCGUCGACGGCUCCGACGAACCCGCCAACUGCACCCAGAUGACGUGCGGCGUGGACGAGUUCCGCUGCAAGGACUCUGGCCGCUGCAUCCCGGCGCGCUGGAAGUGCGACGGUGAGGACGACUGCGGCGACUCGUCGGACGAGCCCAAGGAAGAGUGUGCCGAGCGGACGUGCGAGCCAUAUCAGUUCCGCUGCAAGAACAACCGCUGCGUGCCCGGACGCUGGCAGUGCGACUACGACAACGACUGUGGCGACAACUCUGACGAGGACGAGUGCGUACCGCGCCAGUGCUCCGAGAGCGAGUUCGCCUGCAAAAACGGCCGCUGUAUCGCCGGGCGCUGGAAGUGCGACGGAGACCACGACUGUGCCGACGGGUCUGAUGAGCAUGAAUGUGUCCUGAAGUGUGACCAGGACCAGUUCCAGUGUAAGAACGCCCACUGCAUCCCCAUCCGCUGGCGCUGCGACGCCGACGCCGACUGCAUGGACGGCAGCGACGAGGAGAAGUGUGGCUCUGCUGCUGGGAGACACUGCCCCCUGGAUGAGUUCCAGUGUAACAACACGCUGUGCAAACCGCAGGCCUGGAAGUGUGACGGGGAGGACGACUGUGGAGACAACUCUGACGAGAACCCAGACGAGUGCAGGCGGUUCCAGUGCCCCCCCACCCGGGUCUUCCGCUGUCAGAACGACCGGGUGUGCCUUCAGCUGUCCAAGAGGUGCGACACGGUGAACCACUGCGGGGACAACUCGGACGAGCUACACUGCGACGUGAUUCCAGCGGUGCCCAGCUGUGACAAAGACCAGUUCCUGUGCGCCAACGGGAAGUGCAUCAGCUCCACACUGAUCUGCAACUACUUCAACGAUUGCGAGGACUACGGCUCGGACGAGAUCAAAUGCAAGACAGACACCAAGGUGAAUGACUGCAGGAGCAACAGGACCCAGUGCGGGGACGGCGACGAGGCCCACUGCGUCACCAACGGUACAGACUCCUUCUGCUCCUGCAAGCCUGGCUUCCAGAAGACCGGACAUCGCACCUGUGGAGAUAAGAACGAGUGUCAGCAGUUCGGUGCCUGCUCCCACAUGUGCAACAACACCAAGGGCUCGCACAUGUGCAGCUGCCACAAGUACUUCACCAAGAUCCACGACACCUGCAAGGCUGACAGUAUGAACAGCAGCCGGCAGAUCCUGUACAUCGCCGACGACAACGAGAUCCGCAGCCUGGACCCCGGUAUGCCCAACUGGCGCUACGAGCAGACCUUCCAGGGCGACGCCAGCGUGCGCAUCGACGCCAUGGACCUGCACGUCAAGACCAACCGCAUCUUCUGGACCAACUGGCACCGGGGGCAGAUCUCCUCCUACGAGCUGCCGGGCCCGCCCACCUCCUCCUCCUCAGGCUCCUCCCCCAACUCCCACCGCAACCGGCGGCAGAGCGAGGGACGGGUGUCCAACCUGCAGAUCCCAGAGCUGAAGAUGCCCCGGGGCAUAGCGGUGGACUGGGUGGCCGGGAACCUCUACUGGACCGACUCCGGCCGCGACGUCAUCGAGGUGGCGCAGAUGUCCGGACAGAACUGCAAGACCCUCAUCUCCGGCAUGAUCGAUGAGCCGUACGCCAUCGUGGUGGACCCGCAGAGAGGGACCAUGUACUGGGCGGACUGGGGGAAUCACCCUAAGAUCGAGACGGCAGCCAUGGACGGCACCCUGAGGCAGACGCUGGUGCACGAGAACAUCCAGUGGCCCACGGGUUUGGCCGUGGACUACUUCAACGAGCGGCUGUACUGGGCCGACGCCAAGCUGUCAGUCAUCGGUAGCGUCCGUUUGGAUGGAUCGGACCCCGUCAUUGCCGCCUCGGGCAUCAAGAACAAACUCCUCCAUCCAUUCAGCAUUGACAUCUUCGAGGACUACAUAUAUGGCGUCACCUACAUCAACAACAUCGUCUUCCGGGUCAACAAGUUUGGAAAGGGCACCAUGGAGAACCUAACCACAGGCAUCAACCACGCAACAGACAUAGUGCUUUACCAUCGCUACAAACAGCCAGAGAUGACCAACCCGUGCGACCGUAAGAAGUGUGAGUGGUUAUGUCUGCUGAGCCCCAGCGGGCCCGUGUGCACCUGUCCCAACAACUACGUGGCCGACAACGGUACCUGCGUGGAGAGAGCCCAGCCCACGCAGUCUCCCUUCUCGCCCCCCUCUGGCCCCUGCACCAUCCAGUGUCAGAACGGUGGCAGUUGCUUCCUCAACGCCCACCAGCAGGCCAAGUGCCGCUGCCAGCCCAACUACAGAGGAGAGAGGUGUGAGAUCAACCAGUGCAGGGACUACUGCAAGAACGGAGGCACCUGCACCGCCUCUCAAGCAGGGAACCCGACCUGCAGGUGUCUGCAGGGCUUCACGGGCCCCCACUGCAACCUGCAGACCUGCCAGAACUACUGCGCCAACGGGGGGACCUGCUCCGUCAACGUGGGCAACCAGGCCACCUGCAGCUGCCCGGCGGACUACCACGGGGACCAGUGCCAGUACAGCAUGUGUGAAGGCUUCUGUGAGCACGGGGGGACGUGCCUCCAGACCUCCAACGGCACCAAGCUGUGCCAGUGCCAGAGCCAGUACCACGGCCUCAACUGUGAGCUGGACAAGUGCCAGUACUGUGGGGACGGCAAGUGUCACACUUCCGCCUCGGGAGAGGUGUCCUGCAGCUGUCCGAAUGGCCAGACCCAGCCCAGCUGUUACUCCUGCCUGGACUUCUGCCUCAACGGCCAAUGCUCUGUUGACAACCGCUCUCUGCUGCCUCAGUGCAGGUGUAAUGUCGGAUGGGUCGGCUUCAGGUGUAGCGUCACAGCAGCCCCCAUCGACUCCUCUACCAGUGGAAGCUCUGCCUCCAUAAUCAUCCCAGUGCUGCUGCUGUUACUGUUGGCGCUGCUGGUGGUUGGUGCCAUCUUGUGGUAUAAGAGGAGAAUGCGGGGGUCUCUAAUGCCGGGCAAAUCUCGUUCUCAGCGCUCGUGUGCCAAGGGCUUCCAGCACCAUAGGAUGACUAAUGGAGCCAUGAACGUGGAGAUCGGGAACCCGGCCUAUAAGAUCUAUGAAGGGGAGCCCGACGACGAUGCUGGAGAGCUCCUGGAUUCAGACUUUGCGUUGGACCCAGAUAAGCCCACCAACUUCACCAACCCCGUGUACGCCACCCUGUACAUGGGCGCCCACAACAGCCGCAACUCCCUGGCGAGCACAGACGAGAAGAAGGAGCUGCUGUCGGCGGCCGACGACGACAUGAGCGACCCGCUGGCGUAAAGCCCUGCCGUGGAAUGAACUGCCAUCGUUGCCCUGCCCCGCCCCAGACCACCGCAGAGCUCAACAAACAGAUGAAAUGCCUUUACCAAUCGGGAAGAAAAAAGAAACACAACUAAAGGAGAACACUGUAUAAAAUGUAUAAAAUGAAGGACUACUUUUUUAUGUGAUUGCAGUAUUAUAUUUUUUUCUUUGACAAAAAAAAAAAAAAGAAGUCUCUGAGGAGAAAACGGAAACCAUUUUAUAGACAUUUAUUCAGUUGUUAAUUUUGCUCCCCUCCUCUCCUGUCCCCCCCCCCCCCCUCCCCCUCAGUCAUAUAGCCACUACCUCUGUGCAAAUGUAAGACAUGGAAAGAUUCAAACGGCAGUGGAACAAUUUUAAUUUUUUAUUUUUGUAUGGAUUGUAUAGGGGGAGGAAAAAAACAAUGCAUUGUUCCAAUACCUAGGAAAAAUAAUAAUUUUCCAAGUCUUUGUUGAUUGUGAAAGACAUUGGGGAUGUGAGGACAGCAAAUGUCAGUUUCACUAAUGAAUGCUUCCUAGUGGCUGGUUGGGCGCCUGUUUGCUGCUGGAGGUCUUGAUGAGGGACGAGUGUAAGAUGCCUGAGGACAUACACACAACUCAGCACCCAGACAAAACCGCUCGGUUGUCUGAAUCACAUUCAAGCGAUUGUCUUUUCCUUCUUGCACAGACUCAAGUUAUAUAUAUUUGCAUAUAUACAUAUAUAUAACCUAUUAACAAAGUGUCUUGAAACUAUACCCAGGAAUACAAUACAACAGUAACAAAUAGCGGUCUGUACUUGCUUUUAAUCAGUUCUGUUUUUUUUUUUUUUUUAUCAGUAUCAGAAAUGAAUGGCCCAACUGUUUGUGUGAGUGUGUUUGUUGGAAGAACAUGAUUGUAAUAAAGGCUUGUAUUCCAGACCGUCUGGGAGGUUAUCUGCGGCCGUUUGGUAUCCGCCGCCGGCUCUAGCAUGGAGAGCCCGACUAAGUAACCGCCGGAGAUCAGGCUCUCGUGAAGUUUGAUGAUGCAGAGUUACAGAUCUGUGCCGACCAGCGUCGUAUUCGAGUUCGUCCGUAACAUUUAGUAAAUGAACGGCUGUAUUUAGCUUUUGGUCUUUUUGUCCUCCAUUGUAAAAUGUUAUUUUUUUUGUCAGGAAAGGCCCGGGAGCCAAGUCGAUGGUACGUUCUUGUAUGAAAUGAGUUUUGAAGUUGUUGGGUUGAUUUCUUGUGUAUUUGAUGUUUGUUUGUUUGUUUGUUUGUUUGUUUGUUUUGGGGAGGGGGGUGUUCAUGUAAUUUGGGUUAGUGCUCAUUGUUAAGUGCAUUCCUAACGGGGGGGGGUAGGGGGGGCUGAUGUCCCUCCUGAUAAGCAUUCCUUUGUUGAUUCCUUUGCCUUGCUGCUGCUAAUGCUAUCGCUAGCCAUCUGCCCUCCUCUUUGAACCUGUCGCGGUUUGGAUUGCUCCGUCUCUGCACCUCUUAUUCAAUCUUCCACAGCUUCCUCACACCGCACGCCCUUGGCACCACCCUUCCACUACUUAACAGUAUUCACAAAAUGUGCUUUUAAAAGUCCCGCCAUGCUACGUUCUUUAUUUCACUGCUUAUUAGAAAAAUCAUUUUAGUUUUUGGUUUUCUUGAUUUUGAGAAUGUCUCUCGGAUUGCAGAACUCACAUGGAUGUUUUUGGUUUAGUUGUUUGUUUUAAUUUUGGUUAAUUUUGAUUUUUUUGAUAUAAGAAAUUAAAUGGAUUUUUAUAGUAGAAAUGUAUGGUGACUCUGACCUUCAUUUGAAAUAGAAUGGCUUCUGUCAUCAUGGCUGGAGCAAAACAUCAGUGAAUUACCAUUGAAUAUAUAACUCAUAACCACAAAUUUCGGAAAUAAAAUGUGAAUUUGUAGAAAUGUU